ACACCAUUUGCAGCGAUGCUUGGUUUUUUGUUAGUUGUUUUGUUCUCUGUAAGUCGUGUGUCUACCUCGGAUACUGAAGUCUCUCAGAGUGAGCGCAGCCCCAGUGAGAGCUAUUUCAGGUCGAUAUGGCACAACAGGCUGUACUUGUAUUCAGCGGCUGCACUUGUCUUUGGGAUCUGGUUCUCACUGAAGAUGGCACUAAAGAAGAAAAGCUUCCCCAGUGAUAUUGGCCCCUGGGUCUACAAAGCUGUGCAGAACAAGGACCUCUCCGACAGAAACGGUGUGGUUCAUGUGUCAGGCGUUAAAAUCUUCUACGGCUCACAAACUGGAACAGCAAAGGGCUUUGCAAUAGAGCUGUCAGAGGAGGUGAAGGCUUUGGGGAUACCAGCUGAGGUGACUGACAUGAAGGACUACGACCCGGACGAUCAGCUUGCUGAUGAGUGCACCAGUAAGUCAGUGUGUGUGUUUCUUGUGGCCACAUACACUGAUGGACGGCCCACGGAGAACGCCGAGUGGUUCUGUAAGUGGCUGGAGGAGGCGUCCACUGACUUCAGAUAUGGAAAGACGUACCUCAAAGGCCUCAGAUAUGCAGUGUUUGGUCUUGGCAACUCUGUCUAUGUUGGCCACUAUAACACGGUGGGCAAAAAUGUGGACAAGUGGCUUUGGAUGCUGAGUGGCAUGCGAAUCAUGACCAGGGGAGAGGGCGACUGUAACGUGGUGAAGAGCCGUAAUGGCAGCAUCCAGGCAGACUUCCUGGCCUGGAAGGUCAAGUUCCUGAACUGCCUACAGUCCCUGUCCAAGGGGGAGAAGAAGAGCUGCAGCGGGAACUGUAAAAGCGGAGGCUCCUGUAAGAAUAAGAGGAAAGACGGACAGGUGGGGGAGGAGGAGGAGAAGGCAGCUCUGCAGAAUGCCAGCUCUGAGGAGGAUCUGAUAGAAUCCAGUAGUGAUGAGGAUGAGUCUGGUCUGCGUGAUGAGAAAAAACCAGGCUCAGUGGUGGACAUGGAGGAUCUGGGCAACAUCAUGAACGGCACCAGGAAAGCCAAGAGUGAAAAGGAGGGUCGAGGAGACGGGCAGAUGGUGAAGUUAUCCAGGCUGAACGGAGUGAAGAAGACUGAGGACGAAGGGGAAAGAAGAGAGAUGAUCACCCCUGCACUUAGAGAAGCACUGACGAAACAAGGGUACAGAUUAAUUGGAAGUCACUCAGGAGUGAAGCUUUGUCGAUGGACGAAGUCUAUGCUGAGAGGGAGAGGAGGCUGCUACAAGCACACUUUCUAUGGUAUUGAGUCCCACCGGUGCAUGGAAACUACGCCCAGCCUCGCCUGUGCUAACAAGUGUGUCUUCUGCUGGAGACAUCACACCAACCCCGUGGGCACAGAGUGGCGCUGGAAGAUGGACCCUGCUGAGAAAAUCCUGCAGGAUGCUGUGGAGAAGCACCAGAACAUGAUUCGACAGUUCAGAGGUGUUCCUGGAGUGAGGCCCGAGCGGUACGAGGAGGGCUUGGCAGUCAAGCACUGUGCUCUGUCCCUGGUGGGCGAGCCAAUCAUGUACCCUGAAAUCAACACCUUCAUCCGUCUCCUCCACUCCCACCACAUCUCCAGUUUCCUGGUCACCAACGCACAGUUCCCACAGGAGAUCAGGAGCCUGGUUCCAGUUACCCAGCUGUAUGUGAGUGUGGACGCAAGCACCAAAGACAGUCUGAAGAAGAUUGACCGGCCGCUUUUCAAGGACUUCUGGCAGCGCUUCCUGGACAGCCUCACGGCCCUGGGAGAGAAGAGACAGAGGACAGUGUACAGAUUGACGCUGGUCAAGGCCUGGAACGUGGAGGAGAUGCAGGCGUACUCGGAGCUCAUCGCUUUGGGCCAGCCGGACUUCAUUGAGGUCAAGGGAGUGACGUACUGUGGGGAAAGCUCUGCCAGCACUCUGACCAUGGCUAAUGUCCCCUGGCACCAGGAAGUGGUCGCCUUCGUCCAGCAGCUGGCUGACAUGUUGCCUCAGUAUGAGAUUGCCUGCGAGCAUGAGCACUCCAACUGUUUGCUCAUCGCACACACCAAGUUCAAGGUGGACGGUGAGUGGUGGACGUGGAUUGACUAUGAGCGUUUCCAGGAGCUGGUCCAGGCUCACGAGGAGAGCGGGGGACAGCAGAGCUUCUCAGCUUUGGACUACGUCGCCAAGACUCCCAGCUGGGCUCUGUUCGGAGCCUGCGAGCAAGGUUUCGAUCCCGCUGACACGCGCUUCCAACGACGCAACAAAACCAAAGACAUCUCAGGAUGCUGAUAGACGAACAAGAAAGAGAAAGAGAGAGGUAGGAUGAACAGAGCGAGUACUGAAAUCAACAGCAAAAAAAAGAAAAGAGGAUUCACUGUUUUUAUUCCCAUUCACUUUGAGACAACAGUUUUUUCACAGCUCAUUCUCAUGUGAACUUCUUUCUCCCUCUUUUCAUUUCUCUUCGUAUCUUUAAUUUUAUUGGCUUGACCCCAAAGAUCAGCCAGAAACUGCCAGAAUCAAUUCUUUCACACUUAUUUUCUAGACAUUCCCCUUCACAUUUACUUGAAGUGCUGCUUUCCCUUCCUGUGUGUACAUAGAUCUUUGAUAUUUUCCUGUUUCUCUUUUUAGAGGAGGUCAUUAUUAUAAAUGUCUCUGGCUUUGAUCUUCAUAGUCAUCUGGUGGGACUUGGGAAGGUUUUGAACCUGGCGGUGGCUUCAUCAUCAGCCUUGUUCCUAAUAUUUUUUAUAAUCCCUGUUCUGUUCAGGCCGCUGUGCAGCACUGGACAUGGUUAGCAUGGAAGGAACGGCUCCUUUACUUCUCCUCAUGUCAGACGUGGGAGUUACACAUCUUUCCCAGACACCUCUUGCUCUUCCACCCACUCGUUAGGACAGUGGCUGUAUUUACUUGGCAGUGAGAGAUGAGCAUCAAGGCUGCGUCUCCACUGGGAGAGUCUCUUUGCAGCACAGGCUUCUUAUUGCUCCCUUUGUGCUUUUUCUGUUGCACAUUCACACCAGGUUCAGUUUAGCUUGGUUUCACUGCUCCGAGCCUGGACUGUAGAAAAUAUUUCUGCUUCUGACAGAUGGUUGUGCCGUUCUGACAGGUUUGAUGUAGAUUAGCAAAAAGUGGCAAUAUUUCAAAAAAUUAAACAUCAUAAUUAGUGUAUCUGACUGCAUUUGAUACAGAAGUACCAUGGUUUUAUUUUGGGUCUGACCGCUGGAGCUAAACUCAGGAUGGACAGUCUCUGAAAAACAGCCGGUGGGUCGAAUAUAAUAAAGUAGGUAACGGCACUAAAGCUUGUAAAGUUAUGUCCCAGUUUUGAAUCGCAGUUUAAGAAAGAGUAAAUCAAACCUCAGCUGUAACACAGCAGCAUGGUGAUCACAUGUCCUCAGGUACAUCUCUCACUCUUAGUUAGAGACACAACACUGGGCAUGAAGAUACCUGAACUGUUAAUGUACGAGGCUUCCCUGCCUGAUCUGCAUGCAGCCACCGUUCAGGAUCAGGUCUGAGGGUGGGACAUCAUGAGAGGUGAUGUAGCUUCAUACUGGUCAAACCCAUGAG